AUGUCUCCUUCAUUGCAAUUUCAAAACGGCUUGCCUUGUUUGGCAGAUCAUACCAAUGGCACGGAUGCUACUUCACCCCGCCUGCGAGGCAAGGUCACUGUCGUCACAGGAGGUGCGGCCGGUAUUGGGCAGGACUUGGCCCAAAGCAUUGCGGAGGCUGGAGGCGACAUUGCUAUUUUGGAUAUAGCAGAAGGCUCAUCCUGCGACCUGGUGAAACUCGCGAAUUCUUUCGGAGUUAGGGCGAAGUAUUAUCGGACCGAUGUCGGCGACAAGGACAAACUUGAGCAGACAUUCAAUGAGAUUGUCCGUGACUUUGGUCACAUUGAUGGCUGUGUGACAGCUGCUGGAGUCAUGGUCAUGACAGAUUUCCUCGACUACAAGUGGAAGGAUGCAGUGGUGGGAACUUUCAUGACGGCCCAGCUCGCAGCCAAACAAAUGAGACUGCAAGGAAGUGGAGGCAGCAUUGUGAUGAUUGCCUCGGUAGCAGCUCACCUGAGCUCACCUGCACUGCCGAUCUCUGCAUAUACUGCAUCGAAAGGUGCUGUCAAAGCAUUGUCGCAUGCUCUCACGGUGGAACUUGGACCGAUGGGGAUCCGAGUCAAUACUAUUUCUCCCGGGUACAUCAGAACAAGCAUGACCGGAGAGGUCAUAGUUGAGAACCCAGAGCUUGCCUCGCGCUUCAGCUAUGAGCCUCCCCUUGGUCGGAUGGGAGAGACUCGUGAUCUGACAGGGGCUGUUAACUUCCUCCUGUCCGAGUCGUCAUCUUACAUCUCUGGCAGCGACAUUCUGAUCACAGGCGGAUUACAUGCUGGCCGAUAUGCGAAGGAUCGAGAGCCUCCUGUGUCUCAAUGA